UAAAUUUAUCUAAAUAAAAAUGGUGGAAAAACUCGACAUGUCAGCCGUAGUUGGUGUUAAGGAUAUCACAGACAACAAAAAGAUCUGGCGACAAUUGUUGGCCGAAUUAAUCGGUACCUUCUUUUUGGUGGUAAUUGGUGUUGGCAGUUGUACUGGUGGUUCAGAAUGGAGUCCAUCUAUACCACAAAUCGCCUUCACUUUCGGUUUGACAGUGGCAACAUUGGCUCAGGCCAUCGGACACAUUAGUGGUUGCCACAUUAAUCCCGCUGUUACCCUUGGCUUCCUGAUUGUUGGUGAAAUGAGCAUUCUGAAGAGUGUCCUCUAUAUGGCUGUACAAUGUGUGGGAGCUAUUGCCGGUGCUGCUGUUAUUAAGGUUGGUGUAUCUGAAGUUGUUUCCGGUGCUAGCUUGGGUGUUUCUGGCUACUCCGCCACCUUGACCGUUGGCCAGGCAGUAUUAAUUGAAGCUUUGAUUACCUUCAUUUUGGUCAUUGUUGUCAAGGGUGUUUCUGAUCCCGGUCGCAGUGAUAUCAAGGGUUCGGCUCCCUUGGCGGUGGGUCUGUCCAUUGCUGCUGGUCAUUUGUGUGCUAUUAAUCUAACCGGUGCCAGCAUGAAUCCAGCCCGUUCCUUCGGCCCCGCCGUUGUCCAAAACAUCUGGACCGAUCACUGGGUCUAUUGGGUGGGACCAUUUGUCGGUGCCAUUGUUGCCGCUGUUAUAUACAAACUCGUUUUCAAAGUCCGCAAGGGUGACGAUGAAGCCAAUUCUUACGACUUCUAAACGAAUUUAGUGAAUUUUUCAGUGGCAACAAAAAAUAA